AUGCAACGCUCGCAGGUGCGGCGAGCUUGGGGAUCCGAGGACGAAAAGGACGAAGAGGGGAAGGGGAUGCCGACGGUACCAACAGAACGAGCAUCGAUGCUGCGCGAUGAAGAGAACAGCACAGACACAGCCGAUCAUGGACAUGGUAAUCUCACUGGGGAUAGCAGGCUUCACGCAGCUACUGGAUCGGAAGGAGACGGCGCGAUGAUCAAGGAGGGGGAGCGAGCGCACAAUCGCACUGCGGCCUUUGCCGGGAGGAUGACGCGGGCGAGAAGGAGCUGCAACGUACCUGUCCUGGAUGGUCACUUCGACGUGCAACCGAUGGCUCAGGAAGCAGCGCAGCUCAAAGAUCACCUGUAUGGUGGUGCGGCACAAGAGCAGAGUCAGGGCGGGCUGAGCUCGGAUGUGUGGGCUGCAGGAGGGUGCAUGCAGGUCUCGAGCGCCCACUGCAUCGGUACACCUGGCUGCUAUCACCCCCCUCAUCCCCUCGCAUCCUCCUCCUCGUCGUCGUGGUCGCAGGUGCAUCGUGCUUGGCCCUCAUUCGCACUGCUGCCCAUCAUGACACGCGGCGUGCACCACAUCGACGCCGUGCCGGAUAUCAUCCCGGCGCGCGUCAACAUCCACCACCUCCAGCUGCGCGACCUCCUCCAGCCUACGGGCGUCAAGGACAACGUGCUCUUCGUCAGCCGUCUCCAGGUGGAACAUGCCGACUUCUCCAACCCCCUCAAGCCCCCCUCGGUCUACUGCACCCUCGACUUUCAGCCAAAUUGCCUCACCACCGGUUCGGGCCUGCUUGCCGCAGGUGGGCAGCAUGGAGAGCUCGCUCUGCGCCCGUUGCAUCCGGCGUCCCUGCAGCGUCUCGAUCCGUCGUGCUCCGAACGCACCCCUGCACCUUGGCUGCUUCGAACACCCACGGGCGGCUCCAUCAAUAAUGCCAUCUCCAUACAGCCCGACCUCAAUGCUCCCUCCUCCUCGCGCGCGUUUGCAUCCGCUGCGCCCGAAGCCUCGCCAACCGCCUCGAAGCGCGACGUGGUGGAUGCAGUGCCAGAAGACACCUACUCGCCCUGGGCAAGGGACGAACCCUCAUCGUCCUCGUCCUCCAACCACGCCCGUCCCGGUCUGCUCUUCGGCGACGAGCAGAUGGAGUCCGAACUCUCCCAGAGUGUGUUUGAAGAGCUCGCGGCCGCCUAUGGCUUCGACCCAGCCUCGGUCAAUCGCAGCUCGGCAUGGCGGCGUUCUUCACCCGUGCGUGCUCGGCGCACCUCUUCCAAUCCCUCAUCCCUCGCAUCGGCCAUUGCGCCAAUCGCACCCAUCAAGGUGAUGGUCUCGAACAACGACCAGUCGAUCAAGCUGUACAAGCUGCGUCCGCCCAAGUCGAGCGCGGGUGCGGACGGACGCAUCGAGUCGGGUCUGCCCGGUCUAUCGCGCAACACCACGCUGCACUUCCCCACCGCCAUCAAUCACUCUUCGCUGUCGCCCGAUCAGCGCACACUCAUUGCGGUGGGUGAUACACCCGAUGUCUUUAUCCACAGCGUUUCGAGGUCGGGCGAACACGUUAAAGUGGCCACGUAUACUGCGUCUAGCGAUGCAUGUUUUAGCACCACCUGGUCACCCGAUGGCAGCAAAUUCGCAGUCGCCAGCCAGGACGGUGUUGUGUCGGUAUGGGAUGUACGCAGUAGUCGACGUUUAGCAGCGCUCACGACAAGUCAGGCAUCAAGUAGCAGUGGUAGUGGAGCAGCACGAGUGGUCAAGUUCUCACCCGACGGAAGGUUCCUGGCCUAUACAGAGCAUCGAAACUUCUUUCACGUUGCCGACACGGUAACAUUUGAAGAUGUCCAAAGCGUUGCAGCACCCACUGUGGCUCCCGAGUCGAGCACAUGGUCCGAACGGAGAAUCCCUCUCACAACCAGUAUGGUGGAUACCGAUCGAUUCCGAUUAUUGACGGGUCAAGAUGCAAUCGCCAGGGAUAGGGAAAGAAGGUCAAUGAUCCAUGCCACCUUUAUGCGCGAGUGGAACCGAGCCAUCAACUUGGUGGACCGUGGUCCCUCGUCCGACCAAAUCGCCACCUCCAGAGGCUCCAACUACUUUCCAGACCUCCUCAAUUGGUCUCCCACCUCAACAUCAACCUCAUCAUCAGCUCCACCAACAGGCAUCGCAGCUGGCGCAACAAACAUUAGCGGUCUCUGCUGGGACCCCGACUCCGAAGCCAUCUUUGUCGCAACCGAACGCGCAAUCGCCAAACACACCGUCGCCGACACUCGAAUCUCCGUGGCAAACGCCACCCUCCUCUAG